UCUUGACGCUCCUCCCUGUUGCCGCUGAGCGCGCACUGAGGCGCUCGGGUGUCCGUGCGGUGCUUGCGCUCCGUCAGUCCAGUAUGCCGCGGGUCCGGCGGCGUCAGCUGUAAUGAAGCGGGGUGAUGUGCCGCAUCGGGCGAACUUCGUGACACGGCGCACUUUCUUUUCUUCGUCCUCGCGGGAGAUGGUCGCUGGCGGCUAGUUCCAACUUCGGACACCUUUGGGUUUUGUUUUUUUUUGUUUUUCCUUCCUCGGCGAAGCGCACUGAAAUCAGUUGGAGUUUUGAGAUGACGGAAGUUGUGGAGCCAGUGUUGGAUUUUGCCUCCUCUGGGCGCUCGGGCAGAAGAAAUGCCCUGCCCGACAUCCUGGGCUCCCCAGCAGGCGUAAACCCUGACGACCUGCCUCUUAAACUGGCUGAGCUGUCCCUCAAAGAUGGUCCAGGAGGGGCCCAGUCACCUACGGCAGAGGAGCCUCCAGCUCCGCCGGAGAGCUCAGAGGGGACCGAGGGAUCGUAGAGACUUGUUUAUUUACCUCCCCCGGAGACCUGCAGAGAUAACCUUAGAAAUGGGAUGAAGAACGAGACAGAGGACGACCUGUGGGAAAAUGAUUGAUGAUCUGUGGAGAGUCAGUCUGUUUGCGAAGCAGCUGAGCCAAGGAGUGACAGACCGAGUCUCAGAGGACGGGAACCAGGUGCUUGGGACUGUUUGGUACUAAGCACCAUCUGAAAACAGACUGUGUGUGUGUGUGUGUGUGUGUGUGUGUGUGUGUGUGUGUGUGUGUUUGUGCAUCGGCGACUUAUAUGCUCACUGCGGACACUACACUCAGAAUCAAAGGGACCGUAAGAGAUUGUAUACUGUACACUACUAUUUUUGUAUGAUUUAUUUAAAGAAAAUCAUUUUAAGUCAAACUGUAAUGUACCAUUUCCUUGCAUUUCCUGAUUUCUGUUUUAUAGUGAUGUGUGUAGUUUUACGUUGACAGCCAUAAGAGUUUUACAGCAGCCAGUAGUAGAUUGAAGCUUUUUAAUCUGACGUAAGAAAACUGGAAACUUUUUGUGUUGUCUUUCUCAUUUAUGCUUUUACACUAAAUGUGCAAAUGUACAGUUUUUACCCCUCAUUACUAGACUGUUUUCAUCCUAAUGACCAGGGAUUCAAUCCACUUUUUUAAGGUGGUGAUGAGGAAUCCAUCCUGUGUGGAAUCCAUAUCUUGAGACAUUCCUUUAGAGAAUAGUGUCACACUGCCAAUAACGUACCCACUUGUGCUUCAUUGUAAUACUGAGAAAAGUACAUGAUUUUCUUUUGUCUUUUGCUUAAGGCUGCUUUUAAAAUUUCCCAACAUCUAUAAAUGUGCCUCAUGGCAGUUAACAACCAAAAUUGCGUUCUUUCUAAUUUUGGGCUACGGAUCGUAGUUCUCCGAAGAAAAGGUUCGGCUUUGUGUCCACAGGUUUUUUUUUUUUUUUUUUCUCAUAUGUUUGCCGCCUGGGCACAGGAGGAAAGCAUCGAGCAACGGCACCGCCGCCGUAGUGCGUUUAGAGUUCUGAAAACGGCAGCACGCUCCCAAUAUGCCUCGCCGCACGGAGAAAAGUCUGUUCACACUCAUCAACACAUAAGCUGAGCCGUGAACGGGACGCGGAAUAGAGGGCGAGAAGCAACAGCGAGAGUCGACACUUUGUCAGUUAUCCACUCACUGCUACUGUACUGUACAUACUGUAUUGUAGUAUAACCCAUUUGUGUUUCAUACAUGCUGCCUGUAUGAUUACCAGACUGUAUUCGCAUACUGUACCCACAAGGAAAUGAUGUUCUGUAAUUGUCUCUAUUUGACGACGUGUUGCCAGUGGCCGUGUCUUUUUGUGGAUGUGUUUUACAAAUGCAAAAAGGAAAGCCUGGUGCUGUGCUGCCCAGCCUCUGUUUCUGAUGCUGUAUUACUACUAAUACUAAUGACAAAGUGUCCAUGGUCUAUCUGAAGCUGUAUGACGAAGACAUUUUUUUAGAGGUUGACGAAUCAGAGGUGUGUUUUCUAGUGUCCCGAUCUCUUAAGUGGUGCAUAUAUUUUACUUAGCUGGAUUGAAUCCUUUAUGUUGAUUCUAUCUGGUGGUGAAAGUUGCCAUAUUAAACUCACAAGCUUUACAUAUA